CAGAACUUUAAUAACACGCAGGGUGCGAGUGCGAUUCGUAUUAUUUUUGGUUAUAAUAAUUGAAAACAAGUGAUUUUGUGAAUAAAAAUGCCAAAACCAACACUAUUUGAUGAUGAUUCUGAUGAAGAGGUUACGCUUAAAACAGAAAAUGAAUACGCUAAGAAAUAUGACAAGUGGCGGGAGAAAGAAGAACUUCAUAAACUUGAACAGAAAUACGGUACUAAAGCUUUGAACAGUGAUGGGUCAGCAUCAUCAGACAGUGAGGAUGAGAGUGACUCCCCUCCAGAGGUAACCGAGGAGAUGGAGACUCAAUUCCUCAAGACACUUGCACUGCUUAAGACAAAAGAUCCCAGGAUUUAUGAUCCUAAGUUUAAGUUCUUUGAGGAUAAUCAGAAAAAGGAACCAGAAAAAGAAACAAAGACAAAACAGCUGACUUUUGCUGACAGUGAUGAUGAUGAUGAUGAUGAUGAUGGGAACAUCUUCAGUGUUGAGAAGAAAGCUGAGAUAGCCGAGGACAAGAAAAAAGAAAGAAAAACAUCUGAAACUAAGGAGGGCAAACUAAAAGAGUAUCUAACAGGCCAGGCAGAGCACUUGGAUGAUGAAGUGGAGAAAGACUUGGCUCCACUGAAGGCCCUCUGGUCAGAUCCGAAGCUUAAUGAGGGAGAAGCAUUUCUAAGAGAUUAUAUCCUGAAUAAAAGAUACCUUGAGGAAGGUGAUGUCGGCGAAGCAGAGGACAAGAUCAGGGAUGACGAGGAGUUGGAGGCUGAUGAGGCUCGAGUGGAGGAGCAGGGCAAGUUCGAGAGAGCAUACAACUUUAGGUUUGAAGAGCCAGACCAAGAGUAUUUAAAACGUUUCCCGCGUACAAUGAACUAUAUCCGUCCAAAAGACGACCGGCGAUCUAAGAAACGUCAAGAGGUGCGCACGCGCAAGGAGGAGGAGAAGAAGAGGAAGAUGGAGGAGAUUGCCAGACUGAAAGCACUUAAGCUGAAGGAGAUCCAGGAGAAGAUAGCCAAAAUUAAGGAAGUCACUGGCAAUGAAGAACUGGCUUUCAGAGAAGAAGACUUGGAAAGUGAGUUUGACCCGGAAGAGCACGACAAACGCAUGCGUGAGAUAUUCGACGAAGAGUACUAUGGAGACGCUGACGAACAGAAACCUGUCUUCCCGGACCUGGAUGAGGAACUGGAGAUUGAGAACUGGGAAAAGUAUCAGCCGGAACAAGAUGGUUAUGAGGAAGACGAUGCAGAUGAAAAUGGGCCCCAUUGUGAAGAUGAAGACUUUAAUAUGGACGCUGAUUACGAUCCAAAAAAGGCACGCGAGAAUCUUCUGGAAGAAGUUAAGAAGACUCUAGGCAAGAAAAGAAGGAAUAGAAAAAAGAAAUCUAAGCUAGCAGAGUUACUGUCUUCUGAGAAGCCCAAGUUUGUGCCCACUGUGGCAGACAAGACGUAUGACCAGUACAUGGAAGAGUAUUAUAAAAUGGAUUGUGAAGAUGUGAUUGGUGGAGACUUGCCAACCAGAUUCAAGUACCGAGAAGUUGUCCCAUGCGAUUAUGGACUCACUGUCGAAGAGAUUUUACUGGCUGAUGACAAAGAGCUGACUCAGUGGGUUCCUCUAAAGAAGAUCUUGAAGCACCGCCCAGAGAAUGUGGAGAAAGGAGACGCCAGAAACUACGCACAGAAAGCAGCUGAUGUACGACUCAAAAAGAAAAUAUUGCCCAGUCUGUUCAAAGACUUGCCAGAGGACCCAGACAUAGUAGUUCCAAUAGAAGAAACGAAAAAGAAAAAAAAGAAGAAAAAGAACAAACGAAAGAGCACAGAAGAUACAAAUACAGAGGCAGUUGAACAAGAGGCAGCAACAUCACACCAAGAUGGCGAAGUUGAACAUCACGAUGAGGACAGCCCACCACAACCUAAAAAGAAAAAGAAAGACAAGAAUAAAAACAAUUCAGUGCAGGAAGCAAAUGACGAAGAGAAAGAAGUAAAAGCAGAAGAGAAUGGAGAUGUAAAACAAAAGAAAAAGAAGAAGAAACACAAAGAUGGGUUUGUUGUUGAACCUGUGGAUCAUGCUGAGCCUAGUCAACUGAGUACUGAAAACCAAGAAAGUAGCAGUGAGACAAAAACUAAAAAACCGAAACCAGAAAACUCUACAUUGCCAAAUAAUAAUACCGAAACUCCCAAAGCAAAUAAAAAAGCAGAUUCUACGUCUGGGGAGCCCAGCAAAAAGAAAAAUAAAGGCAAAAAGAAAGAUUUCAAAAAGAUUUUGAACCAAAAUGGUAAGUUCAAGAAGAAACAAACCAAUAAACCAAUGAAUCCUCUCACCAAUUUGUCUGACGAAAGGUUGAAAGCUUAUGGAUUGAAUCCUAAGAAAUAUAAAAACUUUAUGAAGUUCAAAAAAUUUUAGCCAAAUCAGUGUAACUAAAUGUAUAGAAUUGUACAUUUGUUGUAUAAAUAAAUAUUUUUAUUUUUA